CAUUAGCAUAUAUAACAUUCUAGAACGUCUGCUACUUACCUAGGAGGCGCUGACAACCACGUGAUGAAAGAGUCCCAUAUAUAACUAAGUUCUUCCGUUCAGCGUGCGCGGCUUUGUGUAUAUGUUGUAGCAUGAUAUUGAGUGACACAAUUUUGAAUAAUGAACAAGUUUUGGAAAAUACCGUAGAACAUCAGGUUUCCAAUUGAAGAACUGAAUCAAAAAGAUUUUUAACAGAGGAUAUUGGCAGUAAAACAUGUUUCAAGAUAUGUGUUUGCUGUAGAAAAAAAAUGUCAUGGGUGACGUUGAUUCCAAAGAAAAAGAUAAUAAGAAUGGUGUGAAUGACGAAAAAGAUCUGGAAAAUAUAACAAAUACUGAAGUUUCUAAAGAUGAUGUCAGUAAUGACAAAAUGGAAACCACAAGAAAUAAUUCGUUAAUUGUCGAUUCAAAUGAAAAGGAUCAAGAUGAAAGUAAUUUGGUGAUCGACCUAGAUCAGUCAACGAGCAAAUCACCGCAGACUGCAAAAGACAAGAAGAUGGAAAAUGUAAUAAUUGAUAGAAAUUUCUGGGAUUCAACUGUUGACGAAUUAAUGAAAGGACAACCUGCCUCGACAGUUGAUUCAUCCGUAGACAAUGAAAAGGGUGAAAAUGAAAAGAUUCAUAAUGAUUCUGUAAACGAUUCAGUAUGUGGAACACAAAAGGAAACAAGACAUGGUGCAAAUGAAGAAGAGCAUGUAAAUGAACCAAAAGAAGGUGUUAAUAAAACAAAGACAGAAGAAGGUAAAAAAGACAACUCAUAUAAAAUAGAUCAUGUAGUAUACCUAGACGGCAUUGAGAUGAAAAACCAAGACCAGGCAACAAUUGUUAACCAGCAAAUUGAAAGUGAGCCAGCAAAUGUUGAAAAAGAUACCAACUUUACCACGGAAAUGGAUGAAACUGAUGGUGAUGUCGAACAAGUCAAACAACAUGCUUUAUCAAUUGGUGAAACAGACACGAUUUCAGUAGAAGAUGUGAGGAAUAGCUUUAAUUAUGAACAAACCAACAGAAAACAAGGUCUUGAAAAUGUAGAGACCAACAAGAGUAUACACGUGUUGUCCAAAUCAGAUGACAUAAACAAAUCUGAAAUGAAGGGUGAUGGAGGAAGCAAAGAAAGUAAACAAUUACAAAGGAGAAAUAUUCUUUCAAAGGACACGAAUGGUAAAAUAUUUGGUAACAGCGAAGAUUCUGUUAAUACUACAAGAAAAGAAAAGACUGACUUGAUUAAUCCGUGUGCUGUACAAAAAGUAAUCGAAAGUAAAUCGGAUUAUUUGUGUAAACAGUGCGAAAAAUGCCAGUGUGUAUGUUCUGAAGUACCAAAUAAUGGUGAGGCAUCACACCAAAAACAGGGACAGAAAAUAUCAAGUGUCGCAAAUGCAGCAGCCAAGCAGCAGCAAGCUUCUGCAGCUUGGUCACGUCUAGGUGUAUUAAGAUGUGAACAUUGUAAAUUUACAACUGAUGAUGUAUCAUUGAUUGAUUCCCACAAUGUUAUAUGUUCCAAAAAGUCAGUAAAAACUAAAGUAAUGCUUUCAUAUUCGGGCGAAAGGUUUAAUUGCCAAACAUGUGGAUACCCAACAUCCUCAAGAAAGAAAUUUGAGGAGCAUAUUGCACUUCAUCUUAUGAUUCGACCAUACAUUUGCAUGACUUGUGACAUAACAUUUGAAUCGAAAAAAGAAAUAGAAUUUCAUGUAAAAAUGAAACAUGCAAAUGAUGCUGUAAAGUGUGGACUGAAAGGUUCAAAAAGGAUUGGACAAAUAAUUGACUCUUUAAUAAAUUCUCAAAAACAUGAAUUUCUUGGUCGAACCGUUGAUAAAAAAAUAGUGCAAAGUUUAUUGGAAACAAGCAGACCAAAGGAGAAAAUAAACGCUUCAGCUGUUGUUGCCACGCCAUCUUUGCAGACAAGUGUACCAGUUACCACCAGAGGGUCGAUUUCUAGUAACUUUGUACCAGUAUCGUCUGAUGCAGAUGUCAUUUUUGUUUCUUCAGCAACGACUGGUAUUACCACAACUUGUGUUUCUAGUAAUUUACUGUCAAAGCAACCUGAAACAACACUCAUAGGUCAACCUGUUCCUCUUACUACACAAAGACCACUUAUACUUGUACCAGUGAACAAUAUGAACACAAACAUGUUGGUACCAUUUUCAAAUGUUGUAUCUCAAACAAACAUUUGUAAUGUUAACACAGCUUCAUCUCAGUCAGGAGUGUCCGUCUCAACAUUGACUGGCAGCAAUCAGUUCAUCAAUCUUGCACCAGUGCGAUUUGCAUCCCAGAAUUUUUCUAUAUCAGGAAAUACAUUGCACACAAACAGUAUCCAUGGGCUUCAAGGGAAUGCAAUUCCAGCAACAACACUGCAAGGAAGUAAUAGUAUUCAAGGUAGUACCAUACAGGUGAAUAAUAUGCAGACGAUUCAAGGAAAUGCCUUUCCAACAAAUACUUUCCAAGGAGUUCAGGGAAAUGCAUCAUCUUAUCCUGGCUUUUCUCAAAAUUUGAAUUUCCAAAAUAAUACAACACGCUUUGUUUUACUUCCACAGACUACAGUAAAUCCUGUUGCACGUUCACAAGCACCUUUGACAAACCAACAAAAUAAGUCAAUUUCAAACAUUACUGGUGUUCUACUUAACCACGCUCCAAUGAUGUCUUUGAUUACUCCAACAGUAGUUCAGACUCCAAAUGUGAAUACUUAUGCAGUUACACAAGGACAGACAAAUACAGCAACGUCUGUUACGAAGGAGUCCUCACUGUCUGCUCAAAAUAUAAAUUGUGUUGCACCGACAACAAAUACGUCCACAGAGGUCCUGGCUAAGAAAGACAAAAGUACUUCUGAAGAUAUGAAAUCUUCCAUGGUUGAAACUAACGGAAAUAAACUGUAUUUCAGGAAAUAUGGAGAUUUGUAUAUGUGUGAUUAUUGUAAAAGUGAGACACCUCUUGAGGAUUCAUUCAAAGAGCACAUAUGGAAACAUUUUCACCAGAUGCAAAAAAUAUGCAAAGAUUGUCCACCGACUUUCAACGUGUCUGCUCCAUGUAAGAUUGUUCUGAAAGUAAUGAUUGGACUGCUUAGUUCUUCAACAGGAUCACAACUUUCGUCACCAAACAAAACACAAGUAUCGCUACCCAAAGAUAUUGUUACAAUAUCUGACGAUGAGGACGAUGGAGAAGGUAAAUUGAGAGUAGACGAAGCUAUGAAAGAGCAAAAUGUCAUUGUCUGUCCAUCAACAGAAGAGAGAUCUGACACAGUCAAAAUUGCUUCUGCUUCAGAACCGAAAGAAGAAGGGCUUCAAUUAAAAAUAACAAGUACAUUUAGUCUAAGUGAUACAUGCGAGUCAACUGAGAAAACAGAAACAAUUCUCCUAAAACAUCAAGAAUGCAUUGAAGACCCUGACAAGAAUGACACAAGUAACCGAAAGUUGAUUAGUGCAAAAUAUGACAAAGCAACAUCAUCGACAGUAACAGAAGAUUCAAGAAAGAUGGAAAAGGCGAUAGAAACAAUAAGUUUAGAUUCUGAUGAGAGUAAUUCAAGUGACAGCCAUAAAAGUAAAGCACUGAGAGUGGAAAACGAUUUCAACGUUGAAGAAUGUGAAAAAGGCUUUCAUAAAACACAUGACAAGGAGGAAAACCUUUCAAAAGAGAAUGAAAGGCUUGUUGAAGAAAGUCAUUCACAGUCAGGUAAAAGUGGAAUCGAGGAUGUCAUUUUGAGAGAAACUAGAAAGGUCAGUAGUAAUGAUGUAGAACUUGAAAGAGAGGGACAAUCGCUGCAAGUACAAGAUAUUGCGGUUGUAGCAGCCAAUAUAAAGGAAGAAAUAGUAGAUACUGACCAGGACCCAACACAAUUACUGUUCAGAAUAGUAAAGACGGAAGAUGCCUUUGCUAGUACUAAUGAUAUUGAUAAAAAGCCAAUAGCAUUUCCUUUAGUUGCUUUCUAUAAAUGUGGUUUUGAAAACUGCAAAUUUGAAACGACCACUUCUCUAGAAUUUCGAGAACAUCUCAGUCAAUCUCAUGGAGAUGCUGUAGAAUACAAAUGUGCUCAUUGUGGACAGAAAAGUUUUACUGAAGAUUCUCAUAUUAGACAUUUACUUUUUCAUUCAAAACCACAGAACUCACUGCUCUUUCAAUGUGGGGUUAUUGGAUGUCGAUUUCGAGCCAACUUAUUGCACCAUUAUAAAGAUCAUUUAGAACUGUCUCAUCAGAACGUACUGCUACACAGGUGCCAUUCCUGCAAGGAAGGUUACACUUCUGUUGAUCUUCUUAUAGAGCACUUGCAAAGUAAUCUUCUGAAAUUUGUGCAAUGUCCAUACUGCACAAUGAAAGAUGGUAUGAGAAGAAAUGUUUUAAAUCACAUCACUGCUUUUCAUCCAGGAAAACCAAGACAAAUUAAUGUCACAAGUCAACUUGUUUGUCAAGAGCGUGAAACGAACGAAUUUGAAAAAGCAAAAUCUAAAUUACCUCAAGAGACUUCUAAUUCUAUAUUACAGGUAUUAGCGAAUGAACAAAAGAAGUCCACUCGAACAGAACCACAUAAACAGGGAGAUACCCGGGGCAUUGACGAAAAAAGUUCGAAAUUGACAGAUAAAGUGGAGAAUGAUCCAGAGGAUGCAGAAAUGAUAAGCAAGAUAACAUCGAAUCCAUCUAUAAUGGGAGCAACGUACUAUAGAUGUAAAUCAUGCACAUACAUAGGAAUUGGUCAAAAUAAGCUUUUGAAACAUAUGGAGAUGCAUACAUCAGCUUUUAUUCAAUCCGUUCAGAGGCCAUUUAUUUGUCCAGAUUGUCCUCAAGCUGUUAAUACAUUACAACAGUUCAUAUCUCACUUGAAUUUACACGUCGGGGAUCACUUGUGCUAUAUCUACAUUUGCCAGCAUUGUGGAUUUGGAACAAACCUAAGUAACAAAAUAAAUCAGCAUACUACAGACUCUCAUGGAACCUCUUCAGAAGAAGGAAAAGAUUAUACACAGAGAACAAUAAAAUUCUCCGUAACAACGAAAGUUUGUGUAAAAUGUAACGCUGCUUUCAAAACAUCACAAGCUCACAGAGACCAUGUUCUGAAAUCACAUGGCAUUACAACUAACGAAAUUUCUGGAAAAGAUGAUUUAGAAACUGAGCAACAUGGGCACAAUAUUACAUCUGUCCAUAACAAAAUUUCAAAAGACAAUGACGAUGAAUCGAAUCCAAGACGAUUUACAUGUAAUGAAUGUGGAUGGGCUUCCAAAAAGCUUCCUUACUUAAAGUCGCACAUGAGAAAACAUUAUCCCGGACAAGAUAGAUGUCAAAUAACUUUAUUUAAAUGCAACUAUUGUGAUUUUACCUCUACUUCUAAGUUAAUCAUCAGUGCACACUCACAGAAAAAACAUCCAGGGAAAAUAGUGAGACCUAAACGUGUAAUGGAAAAUGUAUAUAUAACGGAUUCAAUAGAAGACGAUAUGUCGAUAGACAAAUUUCAUUGUGAUUUGUGUACUUUUAGUACAGAAAAAGUGUCUGGACUUCAAAAUCACCUUCUCAGUAGUCAUUCAGGCGCUAACAACAAAACAAAAGAUGUUUAUUCGGGACCAAAGCAGGAAUUUUUAAUUCCUAGUGGAACUGUUUUUAAAGAGUUUAUCAAGUGUCCACUUUGUAUAUUUAAAACGAAGAAAAGAAUAGAGUUACUAAGACAUAUAAAAAGUCAUCCAUCUUUAGAACCCAAGACAGAAUCUGCCACAGAAGGUCAAGUUAACGAAAGGGUGCAAAAUCCACUUUUUUCAAAACUAGGAGGAAAAAGAAGAAUUAGCUCAGAUUUGAACCCUGUGGUGAAAAAGCCUCGACCAGUUUCACCAACAAUAUCUUACGAUAGGAUAAUGAUGGAUAGUGCAAAACGAGACACAGGAUACCGCAAACAAGUAGCAACAAAAUCAACAACUAAUCGACCUUCCAUUGGUGUAAAAUCUAUGUUGUACUACCUUGGUGGAGAACAGCUGCACAUGAAACUUAGACCUUGUUUUUCAGAAUUUAAGCAGUCCACACAUUUUACAUGCUUAAUAUGCAGUGACGUUCUUGAUGAUAAGUACAAAUUGCACAAGCAUGUUUUGCAGCAUAUGAACGUUUACUUCUACAAGUGUGCAUACUGUGACCAUGGGACAUUGGAUCAAACAACAAUCAUGGUACACAUACAGAGAGAACAUAGAAGAGCAAUUCAAUACAGUAAACUAGAUGUGGAAGAAAUUGACAGCCAUAUAAACAAAGCUAUUCAUGAUAUGAAAUCUCAAGUUGGUUCUGGACAGGAAAACAUUGUUUUUGAAGAGAUGCAUAAGGAAUCGUCUUCUGAAAAACUCAAAAAGACUGAUGAAAAAGACAUUAACCAAAUACUUGAGGUAAAGAAUGAAAAGGACGAAAAAAUAACAACUGAAACUCCAAAGUUAGAACGAGAGUCGUCUAUUAAAUCAGAGAUAGUGUCAAAAAAAUUGGAUGCACCAUUAUUAAAACAUGAUAUUGAGUCACCUUUACAAAAAGAGAGACCAUUUCAAGCAAAAAUGUAUCCAACGAAGUCAACAUCCUCAAAUCUGGAAAAAUUAUUUCCAAUAAAGUCAGCGUCUUCAAAUGUAGAUAAAAAAUCGCCAAUAAAGUCAACAUCCUCAAAUCUGGAAAAAUUAUUUCCAAUAAAGUCAACGUCUUCAAAUGUAGAUAAAAAAUCACCAAUAAAGUCAGCGUCUUCAAAUGUAGAUAAAAAAUCACCAAUUAAGUCAGCAUCUUCAAAUGUUGAAAAAAUAUCUCCAGUUAUGUCAGCACCGACAAAUGUUGAAAAAAAAUCUCCAAUAAAGUCGACAUCGUCAAAUCUUGAUAAGAAAUCCCCUCAAAAACAGCAGAUAUUGGCUCAUAAACCAUUGAAAAGGGAAUGCACUUUUCAACACUGGGGAGGUAAAAUGGAUACUACAAAGGAAGAAGAGGAACCAGAAAGGCAGGAGAAUGAUGAUACAAUCAAAGAAGAAGUGGAAGAUCUUCAUCCAAGAAUUAAGAAGGAAAAGAACAAUUAUGUCUGUACAAUUUGUGAAUUGAAGGUGUCACAAAAAAGUGCUGCUAAUAAACAUAUAUGGACGCAUUCCUCAGUCAAACGAUUUGUGUGUUCAAUUUGCAACCAUAUAUCAAGAUGGCGUGGUGAUAUAACAAAACAUAUGGAUCAAAAGCAUAAAUCAGAAAAAGCAGAAUGUUUAUGGGAUGAUGUAACACCAUGUGACAUCACUGAGGAUGGUCUGCCCUACAAUGAUUUAGCAAAAGUACAGUUUCUUUCAACAUUCAAUACUAUUAAAUCAGAGACAUUAGGUAGUGAGCAAAAACUUGAAAGUGAUAUUUCAGAUAUAAAGAUUAGCAGUCCAAAUAAACGACCGCUUAAAUUAAAAUUAAGUGUCUCAAAAGUUGAAGAUAAAAAAAAGCAGGUAGAAGAACAAAGGCCAUUUAAAAAACUGUAUAAGUGCUUGAUAUGUAAAAAGACUUUUAAGUCGAAAUAUGCUAUAUUAGGGCAUUUUCGCACCGAAUGUAAAAAGCCCAUGUUUGGUUGUCCUUCUUGCAAAUUCAAAGAUGCUGACGAAAAGACGGUUAAAAAGCACAUGAAGAUCAAACAUGGAGUAAACAAUGGUGAAGUAACAAUCAAAACGAGAAAUGAUAAAAUAAGAAUGUAUAGAGUACCCUGUGGCGAAAGUGGGAUUAAAAAUGAAGACAGCAAAAAACAAUUGUCCGGAGGCAUAGCAUUCAAGUGUAAAGCAUGCAAAAGAACUUUCAAGAAUAGAAAUGCUUGUAUGUAUCAUGCAAUAUCAGCAUUGUGUAACAAAACGUUGAAAGGUUGUUCACAUUGUGAUUAUAUGGACAUAUCAACUGAUAAUGUAGAGUUGCACAUAAAGAAAGACCACAAAGAAAAGAACGUAAAGGUUAUGGAAUUACCAAUGGAAGCUAAAGUAGAAAUGAUAAGCACACCACCAUCAACAAAGAUGAAUUUAAACAAGUCUGGAACAAUAGCAUUUUUCAAGAAGGGAAGCAGUGGUUACACUUGCCGAUUGUGCGAUUUUAAGUGUAAAAACUCAGCAGCAGUUAUCAAACAUCAGAAUAUGCACAAUGCCUCUCCAAAGUAUGGAUGUCCAUACUGCGACAUGAAAUCAAACUGGACCAAGAGCGUAAAAAAUCAUGUCAGCCUAAGGCAUCCAGAACAGGAACAAAUAGUUCAAAGUUUAAUCCAUGAUACAGAAGAUUACAGUUCGAAAGAUAAAAAAACGGACAGCAUAAGUAAAGUAUCAAAUACUAGUACAACAGAAGAUGAUAAAGGAAAGAAGUGCGUUAUGUCGAAAUGUCUUCAGUGCAACUUUAGAUGUGAAACCUACUCUGGUGUUUCAAGACACAUUAAAAAGAAUGAAAGUUGCAAUGUUCCUCGCUUUAAAUGCAUUGAUUGUCACAAGUUCACUAGUUUAGAUGAAAUGGAAGUCAAGGAACAUAUGCGUACUGCUCAUAAUUCCAAGAAAUCUCCAGGACUAUGUUCUUUAAAAGAAAUGACAAAGAUGAUAAUUGUGAGGAAAAAAUCCACAACCAAAACACCGGCUCCUUCUGAAAAAGAUUCUACUACGGAUAAAUCCAGAAUAGCUGAAAAGUUUUCGGGAAUGAAAGACAUUGAAACGAAGGUUAUAAAAUGUCCUGUACUUAGUUGUAACUGUAAGGACAAAAUCAUAAAAGUCAUCGAACACUAUAGGAGAGAACAUCCUACAAAAGUCAUGAGGUGCAAAAUGUGUACCAUGUCCAGUAAAUCGUUAGGAACAAUGUUUCAGCACUUUCAAGAUUUUCAUAAACUAGAAGAAUAUUAUUCAACAAACUUUCUCACAUGUUCUGGAUCUAGAGAUGACAACAAAUUGAAAAGUAUUAAAAAUGACACUCUAACCAAUGAAGAUAAUAUAGAACAAGAAGCAAAGACGAAUGCUCCUAAACUGUAUCACUGUGAUAGAUGUGAAUAUGUAUCCAAAGCGAAAAACUCUACAAGACGUCAUAUCUACAGACAUAUGAAUUAUAAAAGAUACCUUUGUAGGCUUUGCAAAGCAGAGUUUCUUGAUAGAAGUGCUUGUGAAAGCCACAUGGCAAUCCACAAUACCGAAUCGGAAGAAUUUGAUAAAAUAACAAAUGAAAGGCUAGAAAAAGAAGUGGAAGACAUAUUGGAAAAUAAUAUGGUGUUGGGAUCAAAAAAGUCAAAUUCAAAUUCUAUUGAAAAAGUGAAAUUGAAAAAGAAAGAAGAAAGCUUGGAAACAAUCCAAGAAACAAAAUCUAAGUCCAGGCAAAGUAUGAAAUCCGACUCUAAGAACAAGAACGAAAUUAUUAAAGAUUGCAAAGGUGCUGUUAGCAAUAAAAUUGAGAAGAAAAGAACCUCCGAUUUGAAACAGGUUGAUUUCACAAAAUUAAGUGCAGAUGCUUUUAAUCAAGCCUAUUUCAUCAGGGAAGAGCGAAACAAAACUACAAAGGAAAUGGAGUAUUUGUGUACUAAAUGUCCAUACAAGUCAGUAGCUAAACAUUGUGCCUUGCUUCACACCUACAGACAUAUGCCAAAGUGUAUGAAGUGUCCGUAUUGUAAUUUCCAGAGCUAUCCAAGGUCGGAUAUUAAAAGGCACGUGAGAAAUACGCAUGCAGAUAAAGCUGUUCAUGUUAUUGAUUUACGCCACCAGACAUUAGAUGGAAAAGAAAAACCUAGAUCACCAGAUAAAAAACGAAAGAAAACUUUCCUUGACUUUGAUGCAGAAAUUUUCACCUCUGAAGGCUCAUCUGACGAGGAAGAAGAGAAGAGACGAAAAAAGCCUUUACAAAAAACUUCGGGAGGAAGUGAGUCUCCUAAAACUGAUGAUAAAAUUAGGAAAAUUAUUUACUCAUGCAACUUGUGUGAUUACAGUACAGAUGUUCUUUACCUAUACCGACAGCACCUCACAUUUCAUCCGGGCUUCAAACACCAAAUACAGGGAACAUCUUUAGAAUCGAAAAACAAAUGUGGAUAUUGUGGCUAUAUUGCGACCAAUAGCAAAGAAUUUGAUAAACACAUGGAAAGACACCUUAAUUCCCGACCGUAUAAUUGCCCUUAUUGUCAGUUUUCCCAGUAUAAUCAAGCUUCUGUUCGAUAUCAUAUCCAGAAUAAGCACCCUGGGGAAAAAGUAGAAGUUCUUAAAGACAGAUCAAGUAGCUGCCUUACUGGCGAUGGCAAGAUUCCAAAAGUCCUGCUUGUAAAUAUAGAACCAAAUAUUGUAUUAAGAGACAUAUUUACAAUGGAAUCUGAAUCAUUUGAAGAAUUGCUGAUCAAUGCCAAUGUUAGUGUAAUUGAUCUCCACAGUAUUCCAGACGAACAAUUUGGUAAUGUUUCUAAAUUACUUGGAGUUAAUGGUGAUGAGGAUGAGUGGAAGCCAUCUCCACAGAAGAAACGUAAAAUGAUAGAAGAGACAGAAGAAAGCGAUGACGAACGUGAUGAAGGAGGAAAUGAUUCGGAUAAUGAAGUUGAUGCACGUAAUUAUUGUGAUGCAUCUGAUGACGGAACUAACAUUACUGACGAUGAAACCCAUAUAGCCGACGACGAAUCUCAUCAUGGUGAGGGAGAUCAUGGCAAAAAAGACAAGUCAACUGACAAAAUUGUAAAUGAAAAGAAAAAAACAUCUGUAAUCAAUACUCCCUCGACUACCAAUGUAUCCAGUACAGAAUAUGAAGAUAUCAGUGAUACAGAAAUGGACUCUGAAAACGGUGCUAUUUUUAAAAUGAAUGAACAAAAGUUUUAUGUGAAAAGUGAACUUACAUAUGAGGAUAUUAGUGACACUGAUGACUUUUAAAUGAACAUAUAUUAUGUUCAUCUUGUUUUGUAAUGUAAAUACAUCGAGCAAAGUUAUGCUGCAUGAUAAAUAUUUAUCUAUUUUCCCAGGGAUUAUACAUUUUUGUAGUGCUACGAAACAAGUAUUGUAAUUUAAUAGAACCUCAUUUUACUUACAAAUAUGCUCAAUAUUUACUUUAGGUUGGUUUUCUAUUUGAUUUUGUACAAUUUUACACAAGUUUUACAAGAGGUUGAGAUCUUUUUUUUUCAAAAUAAAAAUGUCUUAUAUCAUAAGCUUGAUAAGUGAGAUUAUGACGUUAA